UUACUCUUUCGGCCCCAAAUUAAUAAAUCACAUACUCGUAUGCAGAUCAUUAUUAUUUUAGAAUAUUCGGAAAAAGUCCUGAGUAACUCAAAUGAUUUUUUAUAACUAGACCUUGUAAAUAUGUUAUCGACUCACAAUCGUUCUUUAAGGGCCAUUUAUCGAAUCAUGUUGUAUCCUUAACAUUAAUCACUAGGGGCUCGGGUACUGAAUUUAGUGGUGCUAAGUCAUUGUUCUAGUCUAUAGCUGAAUUUGAGGACAUUUAGCAUGGACGGAUACACCAAUGGCUCCCAAUUCGACUAUGAUUGCGCUAAAGAGGUGAAGGCUUUCGAUGAUACAAAGACAGGGGUGAAGGGACUAGUAGAUUCAGGUGUAAAAACCCUUCCUAAGAUAUUCAUUCGACCAACUCACGAGCUCUUAGAAGAAUUGAAUAUUCCGUGUGUGAAACUCCAAGUACCGGUGAUAAAUUUAGAAGAAAUUCAUAACAAAGAUCGGUAUGCUGAGAUUGUCAAAGAAGUCCUUAAUGCAUCAGAAAAAUGGGGAUUUUUUCAAGUGAUAAAUCACGGAAUCCCUUUGGAUUUGCUAAAUAAGAUGGUACAAGGGGUUCGGUUGUUUCAUGAACAAGAUGCCGAGGUAAAGAAGAAAAUGUACACCCGUGACAGGAACAAACAACUAUUGUAUCAAUCCAAUUACGACCUAUAUACUUCAAGGACUGCGAAUUGGAGGGAUACUUUGACAGUUGACACAUCAAAACAUUCUGGUCAUCUUGAUCCCAAAGAGUUACCAGAAAUAUGCAGGGAUGUGUUGUUAGACUACUACAACCAAGUACUUAAGCUAAGUGAUCUUCUUCUAGAGUUAUUAUCUAUUGCUAUUGGACUCGAACCAAAUCAUCUGAAAGAUAUGGAAUGUAACAAAGGAUGGACCGCCGUAAACCUCUACUACCCUGCUUGCCCUGCUCCAGAAUUGACUCAAGGGAUAAGCAAACACUCUGAUUCCUCAUUUCUCACUAUACUUCUACAAGAUCAAAUUGGCGGUCUCCAAAUUCUCCAUGAAAAUCAAUGGGUGGACGUUCAGCCUAAACCUGGUGCCCUUGUCGUAAACAUUGGAGAUAUUCUUCAGAUGAUCUCCAACGACAAGUUCAAGAGUGUGUACCAUCGCGUAUCUGCUAAUCGUAUCGGACCUAGAAUUUCAGUAGCAUUUUUUCUACAAGGCCUUCGUUCAUCACAAAAGUUGUAUGGGCCAAUUCAAGAGCUGCUGUCUGAUGAAAAUUCAGCUGUUUAUAGACAGUUCACCCUCAGUGAAUUUCUGAUAUAUUUCUUCUCUCGGCCCCUUGAUGAACCAGGAUUCGAAUACUUCAAGCUACAUAAUCAUAAAGUUGGAGAGUAGUAACACUACAAUCUAAUCAACAUCCUUGACAAAGUCAUGUUCAUUUUCCGAUCAUCAAAAUCUGGCUGCGUGCUGUAUGAUUUUCAUGUCAUUGUUUCAUGUCUCGAUUCUAAGGUGGUUAUUGUAUAAUUUGCGUUCACUAAUCUGCUGUCCCUUAUUCUUGAUUCCAUUCUAGUUUAUACCAAUUACAUAUGAGUGUAAGCACUGCAUACUCACUAUGUUCUUAAAAGCUCAGCUGUUUCGUUUCCAAAACAAUUGCAAUAUCAUUUUGACAUAAUAUAAGGAAAAUGAUACGGCUA